UCGUCACAGCGCCGCGGGACAGCCAUGCUCGGCCGCCUGCUGCGGGGCCUGUGGCAGCGAUGGCGCCGUUACAAGUACCGCUUCGUUCCUUGGAUCGCGCUGAACCUAAACCACAACCCGAGGACCCUCCGAUAUGUUCCAGAGGAAUCCAAAGACAAAGUUAUCUCAGAUGAAGAUGUCCUAGGAACAUUACUGAAAGUUUUCCAGGCUCUAUUCAUAAAUGAUUUCAAUAAGCAAUCAGAUAUCUUGACUAUGCUUCCAGAAACUGUUAAAUCAAAAUAUCACGACCUACUGUCAGUUCAACAUCCAAGGGUGAAACCGCUUGAAUACAGACAUGAACAGCAAAAUACCUUUAAACCAGAAGAAAUUCUUUAUAAGACAUUGGGUUUCAGUGUUGCCCAAGCAACUAGCUCAUUGAUUUCUGCGGGAAAAGGUGUCUUCGUUACCAGAGGAUUGGUACCAAAAGGCGCGGUUGUAUCUAUGUAUCCUGGUACAGUAUAUCAGAAGUAUGAGCCAAUCUUUUUCCAAUCCAUUGGAAAUCCAUUUAUUUUUAGAUGCUUGGAUGGGGUACUCAUUGAUGGAAAUGACAAAGGAAUAUCAAAAGUUGUAUACAGAUCUUGCAAUGGAAGGGAUCGACUUGGUCCUUUCAAAAUGAGUGAUAGUACAUGGCUAACAUCAGAAAUUUGUAAUCCACUGGCUGUGGGACAGUAUGUCAACAAUUGUUCAAAUGACAGAGCAGCUAAUGUCUGCUAUCAGGAAUUUGACGUGCCUGCAAUUUUCCCUGUAGAGCUGAAGCAAUAUCUUCCGAACAUUGCAUACAGCUGUGACAAACAAAGCCCACUUCGAUGUGUCAUUCUUGUAGCACUCAGGGACAUCAAACAAGGAGAAGAGCUUUUUUCAAACUACUAUACAAUUGUCAGCUAACUAUGAACUAGAAAUUAGGUUUUCUGCUAUUGAGUUCAUUCUAAAUGUUUUUUGUUCAUCAUAUCUCUGAGUUCUACCUAUACAACAGAUAUUUUGAGGCCUAAUUGGAGUGGGAAUUUUUUGUUUUUAUUGAUAUUGUUUUUAUGAUAAAAGCUCUUUGCUUCAUUACAAUUUCAAAUUGUCAUACAAUUCCGAUCUUAAUUGGCUUUCCCCUAAAUAUACAGUAGCUUAUUAAAUUAAAACCUACUGCCUGAACUUAAAAUUUCAAAUGUUCUUUUAUUUUGUAUAUCUCUGUGGUGGUUUAUAAAAUUCCAGCCAAGCCAUCAUCAUUUCUUGCACUGUUGAUUUGUACAAACUUCUGUAAAAACUGUAUUUUUAUGUAAUAAA